AUGUUCCAUCUUCGGGUCCUUGCCGCAGCACUCUUGGCCACCAACGUCUUGGGUCUGAGUCCGGUUGGCCAUACUCCCACCGGCCAACCAAUCUUCCGCGGCCCGCCAGGCUCGACUGUCGUGCAAUCUGGCCGAGAUAUGAAAGUCUUCACACCCAAUGGGACCGUCAUUCAUGUCUUCGAAGAUGUCGUGCGCAGUCAAUCCAAACAAACCCCGAGGUGGAUUCCACGACAGGAGUUGAGCACGACGGAGGCCUUUGUUACACUAACCACAUCCGAUGCAUUGGCAUUCCAAACAUUCAACGUCUCAUUCGUCGUGCCUCCGGAGCCAGCAACAUUUGAAAGCCAGAUCAUCUACUUCAGCACUGGCCUACAGCUCUUAGACGACACGGGAGAACCGCAACAGUCCCUUGUAGUUGCACUCCAGUACGGAGCUAGCGUCAUCGACGGUGGGCCUUUCUGGACGGCUGUUGUGCUGUUGCAAUUCCUUCCAAGCGGAGGGUUCUUUGAGUCCUUCGAUCCAAAUGCCAACCCCGCCGUAAAUGCUGGAGACCGACUUUCAAUAACAAUCAGGAACUACCCAAACGGUCCACAAUUCCCUGAUUCCCCCGAGACUUACUAUUUUAUCGCCGCUCUGAAUAACCGCCCUGACAUAUUGAGCUUCGGCGUUGGCUGGGAGAUGUUACCGCAGAAAGUGGCGCUGGGUGUAUCGGAGGAGGGAGCAUUUCAGCCAAGUGACUACCCAAGAGGUUCCUUGGUUUUCGAAGAUGUCAGUGUCAACUUUACCACGGGCUUCCCCGCGGUGACAUGGAAUAUCGAGCAGAAUUCUGGGACAGAUGUUUCGAUGAAGAUCGACAAGGACGGGUCAAGGAAUGCGCAAGUUAGCAUCGUUUUUCCAGACGACCUAUGA